GCGGGCGCCAUUUUGCCGGAGCCUGCGACCGAGUGGGAGUGGAGUCGAGCGGCCGUUGUUGCCGACUCUUUCCUCCUCCCCACGGUCCAGUCAGCGGGUUGAUCAGGCUAUUGGCCCUCGAGCCGAGACUUGUCUCUUAUUUAGUUCUGGGGAGCGUCUGGCCGACAUGAGUGAUGUAGAGGAGAACAACUUCGAGGGCAGACUUUUUAGGUUGAGGCAAUUUAUUUGUAAUCGUUUGAAGAAUUAGAAGAAUGGGUGUGGUGGUGCAUGCCAGGAGACUUGGGAGACUGAGACAGGAGGAUCCCAAGGAGUCUCGCUCUCAGUCAAAAUCUCCAACGGGAACUCCUGCUCGUGUAAAAUCGGAGAGCAGGUCAGGAUCUCGUAGUCCAUCAAGGGUUUCCAAACACUCUGAAUCCCAUUCUCGGUCAAGAUCAAAAUCCAGGUCAAGGUCAAGAAGGCAUUCUCAUAGACGUUACACUCGAUCCAGAUCCCACUCUCACUCUCAUAGGAGAAGAUCUCGAAGUAGGUCAUAUACACCAGAAUACCGCCGGCGAAGGAGCCGAAGUCACUCUCCAAUGUCUAACCGGAGAAGACAUACAGGCAGCAGGGCGAAUCCAGAUCCCAACACUUGUCUUGGAGUGUUUGGCCUCAGUUUAUACACAACAGAGAGAGAUCUUCGUGAAGUAUUUUCUAGAUAUGGACCAUUGAGUGGUGUCAAUGUGGUUUAUGAUCAACGAACUGGACGCUCACGGGGAUUUGCUUUUGUGUAUUUUGAGAGAAUAGAUGACUCAAAGGAGGCUAUGGAAAGGGCAAACGGAAUGGAGCUGGAUGGUAGAAGAAUUCGUGUGGAUUAUUCUAUCACAAAGAGAGCACACACACCUACACCAGGCAUCUACAUGGGCAGACCAACUCAUAGUGGCGGCGGCGGUGGUGGCGGCGGUGGUGGUGGAGGUGGAGGUGGUGGCAGACGUCGAGAUUCUUACUAUGAUAGAGGAUAUGAUCGUGGAUAUGACAGAUAUGAAGACUAUGAUUACCGGUACAGAAGGAGGUCACCUUCUCCUUAUUAUAGUCGAUACAGAUCACGAUCAAGAUCUCGCUCCUACAGCCCAAGACGCUAUUGAUAAUGGAAUUGGUUGCAGUUGAGGAUUUUUUCCCCCCCUCCUCCUUCCCCUCUCUUUUUUUAAUUCUGAAGUUUCCCAAGCUUCUAAUUCUUCCUACUUCUUUAAAAAAAAAAAAAAAAAAAAAAAAUCCUUGAUUUAUUUAGCUUCUACACUUUGUCAGUUGCGUUGCUGUUUACCACCCCUUUUGUUGUAUUCUUAAGGAUGUAAUUGUUGUCAUUUUGAGUAAACACCUUGAGUAAAAA